CUGGCCCACACUCAUUUUAGCCAGUGCCCAGGCUAGCAGCAGAGAAGGGCAGCAUGGCUCCGGAGGAAAAGGAAAGGAAGGAGGGGCCAGCCAAGAGUGCCCUCCGGAAGGUAGGCACAGCCACCCUGGUUAUCAGCUUGGCCCGAGGUUGGCAGCAGUGGGCCAAUGAAAACAGCAUCAGGCAGGCCCAGGAACCCACAGGCUGGGUGCCAGGCGGGACCCAGAACCCACCCCAAGCUUCUGGACCAGUGAUACACCCCGACACCCACCGGAAAGCUCAGAGCGCCCCGAAGUCUUCCUCCCCAAAGCCAGAGGGACAUGGAGAUGGACAAAGCUCAGAGGAAGCCACCGAGGUCUCUCAGAUCAAAAGGAAAGAGGUGACCAAAACAGUUGUCAGCAAGGCUUAUGAGAGAGGAGGAGAUGUGGGCCACCUCAGCCACAGAUACGAGAAGGAUGGGGACACGCCUGAAGCUGGGCAGCCAGAAAGUGAACUGGACAGAAUCCUCCACAGCCAUGGCUCCCCAACGCGGAGGAGAAAAUGUGCCAGCCUGGUGUCUGAGCUGACCGAAGGCUGGAAAGAGAUGGAGCAGGAAGAGCGUAAGUGCAGGAGCCACAGCAUAGACACCGAGGACAGCGGCUACGGAGGGGAGACGGAGGAGAGGCUGGAGCAGCAGGGAGAGCAGGUGGCCGCUGCCAGAAUCAAACGCCCCUUGUCCUUCCAGGCAAACAGAUUGACAGGGAAACUCAACUGCAAGGCCCAGCAAAAAUACAGCCAAGUGGGCAACCUGACAGAAAGAUGGCAACACUGGGCUGAUGAACACAGACAAUCUCAGAAGCUCAAUCCUUUCAGUGAAGAGUUUGAUUAUGAGUUGGCGAUGUCCACCUGCCUGCACAAAGGAGAUGAAGGCUACGGCCGUCCCAAGGAAGGAACCAAAACUGCCGAAAGGGCCAAGAGAGCCGAGGAGCACAUCUACAGAGAAAUCGUGGACAUGUGCUUCAUCAUCCGCACGCUGGCUCACCACAGACGGGACGGCAAGAUCCAGGUUACCUUUGGAGAUCUGUUUGACAGAUACGUUCGUAUUUCAGAUAAAGUUGUGGGCAUUCUCAUGCGUGCCAGGAAGCAUGGACUGGUUGACUUCGAAGGAGAGAUGCUAUGGCAAGGCCGGGAUGACCAUGUUGUGAUUACUCUACUGAGUGAACCUUCAACUGCACGAGCCAAACUCGACCCACUCUUGUCUUAAUGCUAAAUGCAGACGUAGUGAAAAGUAAAAUGCAAACUGCUCUGUAAUAAGUUGGUAAAUAUUAAACAAUUUUUACAUGA